AACUCUCCAGUUUCGCCCCAAACGAUAAAACGCAGCUAGGGGGAAUAGGCCCUGUCCUCUGCGCGAUUCAGCCCGGCGGCGAAGGCUCGCCUGCGUCGGAGACGGUCUCAUCGAUCCCCCCUGUCCCGGUGGAAUUGGAGCUGCGAUGGAGGAGCAGUUCAUCCUCCGCGUGCCGCCGUCCGUGGCGGAGCGGAUCGAGCGCCUCAUGAAUGAAUCCGCCGCCGCGUCCUCCUCCUCCUCCAACCCUGACGACACCUCCCUCGACCUCUCCUUCUCAGAGGAUGGAAGAAAUGGUACAUUUAUGAUAGGUAAUGAGAGCUUUCCUGCAUCUCUCUUGGAUCUACCUGCGGUGGUGGAGUCGUACAAGACAUAUGAUGAUUCUGUACUAAUUAAAACUGCUGAUAUUGGUCAGAUGAUUAUGGUAAGAGAAGAAAAUGACCCUGCUCCAGAGGGAGUUGAAUACAAGCAUGGCCUUACUCCUCCAAUGAGGGAUGCACGCAGACGCCGUUUCCGCAGAGAACCAGAUUUGAAUGCGAAGCUGGUUAACCAAGUUGAGAAGCAUCUCAUCAAUAUUAUGCAUGGAGUAUCUGUCAACCAGAAUGCCAGUGUGAUCGGAGGCGAGGAAGGUGGUGAUCGUAAGAAACCUCCAGUGGCUCGUGCACCCAAGCAGCCUGAUGUUCAAGAGCCAACUGCGAAUGGUGAGGAACCUGAGAGGAGUGACUCGGAAGAGUCUGAGAACUGAAGUGGACCUGAAUAGUGCAGCCUCAAUGGCCCAAGCGACCCAGUGCCGGAUGCUGCUGCUGAGUGUGAGUGGCCUCAGUCUGCAGUUUGCACACAGGACGUACUGUUCCUACUAAGGCCAUCUAGCAGCAGUUUUGCCCAAUGUUUAUCAUGAGAUUAUUACUUGGUGACAGGAACCCCCUUCACCCCUUAUACAGAAGGCUAUAUGAUGUAGCAUGUAUAAAUACCAUGAGAGUUGAAAGAAAACCUUAGGACUGCAUUAAUGUCCUUUGUUCAAUUUAGUUUUCUGUGAUGUAGCAAAAAUGUCCUUUGUUCAAUCACAUUCGUCGGAACGUGAUGGCCAGUUUCAGUUUAUAUUUUC